AUGAAGUUUGUUGCUCAUAACGCUCUCUGGUAUAGGUCUUUUUCAGCCUGCGUAAGAGCUACUGAAAAGCAUCCAGUCUUCAAUUCCAAAUUGCUAAAUCCAAUACAUGACCGCAUCUCCUCAGAUACAAAUAACAUAUCGAAACCUAAUGAGAGUAUAUUAAAUCAGAGUUUUCGACCAAACAACAUAUUUGAUAUAAAUACCAUGUUAUCGCCAAGAGAAGAUGCCCUGAGUUCUAAGCUUACUGGUAUUCAAGCUGGCCGUAGUGUAUCCGUUUUUAACGGUAACACGAUGCAAGCCCUUGGUAGAUUGAACGCUGUAGUAAAAUCGAAUCAAAUUCCAAGGGAUAAAGCCAAUCAAAGGUUUUACUUGAAACCUGGUAAAGCAAGGGAAAUAAGAAGAUCCCAAAAGCAUAGAAAAGACUUUAUGCAAGGUUUCAAGAGAUUGAUUGAAGUGGUUAAGGACGCAAAGAGGAAAGGUUACUAA